AUGGAUGAGGUGGCUACAUCGGAGUUCUUUCACGCUCCGACUGCUGCAGCGGCCUCCUCUCAGCUCCACCGUCUUCUCCGGCCGUUUCUACUAGAAAUAACAAGAUAUGGUGAUUCCUCCACCAGUGAAGGCUCAAAGGAUCACAAACUAUCUAAAACCGUAUCUUUUAAAGAUGCAUUUUUCAAACAAAUACGUAAGUGCACAGGUGAUCCAUGCACCAACUGCCACCGUAGCCUCUGCCGCCAGCUCACAGGAGAAGGCACUCCGGGAAGCAUGGAACAAAUGCCAGCAAAGCACCAGAGAUGUGGCGGCUGCCGCCAAGAUAGGGAAGCUUUUAGGUGAGAGGUUGCUGCUUAAAGAUAUUCCGGCGGUUUCUGUGGUGUAUAAAAAAGAGCAAAGAUACCAUGGAAAAGUUAGAGCUGUUAUUGAUUCUUUAAGGGAAGCAGGUGUCAAGUUGCUUUAAGGUUUUUUUUUUUUUUAAUAACAUUUGUUUGGUCAUAAGCUGUUUUCCUUGUAAUUGGAAAAGAAAUUGUGGUUUUGUAUGAGAAUUAGGGGGACAUUUUGCUUGUGGAAUGUUUUUUGAAUGAAGGGGAUUUGCCUAAUGAAAUAUAAUUAAAAG